AAAAAAUAGGUAUACAUUAUUUAGAAAAUGCACCCGUGUAAAAGUUGUGUUGUGGGUGGCGAGGAUGCUCAAAUGGGUGACAUUCCAUUUGUCGUAUCCUUGCGAAAUGAAGCUGGAGAACAUCAGUGUGGAGGCGUUUUAAUUUCUGCAGACUGGGUUUUAACAGCAGCACACUGCAUUCACAAAACUGGCGUUGUAACCGUUCAAUAUGGCGUUGUUAAUAUCUCUAACACUCCGUGUUUGAAAUCAGUAGUUGAAAUAUGCCACAUAAUAAUCCACGAACAUUUUGACCCAGAGAGAAAGGCAAAUGAUAUUGGAUUAAUAAAAUUAGCCACACCUAUUAGAUUUACUAAAUAUGUGCGUCCAGCGAAAUUACCUGAACAAGACGAACCAGUAAUGGCAAAUGCAAAAGCAGUGCUGGCUGGGUGGGGUCGUAUUAGUACUUUUGGUCCAGUAUCUAAGAGAUUGCAAAAAGUUUGUUUAAAAAUUUGGUCCCUUGAAUCUUGUCGACGAGCACAUUCAGAUGCUGUCCACGACACGAAUUUAUGCGCUGGUGUACCACAAGGGGGGAAAGGACAGUGCAGCGGUGACUCUGGCGGACCAUUGAUUGUGGAUGGGAAAGUCGUAGGACUUGUAUCCUGGUCUGUAAAACCAUGUGCCCGUGCAGGAUAUCCGGGUGUAUUCACACGAGUAGCAAGUUAUAGAGACUGGAUUCAUUGUAAGACAAAAGUUUAAAAUUGUUACGUGAAUUUGGGUAUUGUUAUAUUUAUAGA